UUUGCAAGCUGUCAAUUUUGAGCCCGCCUCCUUACCCCAGAGCGAUGUGGAAGAUGAGUGGUCUCCUGCUGUCUAGAUUGCAACAUCAUGGCAACAUUUAUGGAACGCGUUGCAUUUGUUCCCAAAAUGCCCACCCUGAUGAAGGCCACAGCAGAUGAUGAAAACCCCUGCCCAGGCUACUUAUUUCAGGAAAUAGGAAAAAUCUCCCAUGAGUCUGCAGGAUCUGGUCAGUUUUUGUUGGAGUAUCUUCUAGACCGACUGCGGGUCGACUCCUGUCACGUCAAAAUUAAGGUGUUGAAGAUCUUCGUCCAUCUCUGUGCUCAUGGCUCGCAUCACUUCCUCACUGAGCUCAGAAGAAACUCCACCUUCAUCCAACAGGCGUCAGUAUACAGUGGUCCGGCGGACCCCAUCCACGGCACUGCCCUCUUCCAGAAAGUCAGGAACACAGCGCAGGAAGUGGGCAGAUUGCUCUUCACAGACACGAUCUUAGAAAAGACCCAAGGCGGCUGCAUAGCUGCUCAGACGACAGGAAUGGGAUCUGAGGCGACCCACAGGACGGCCAUGCAGGGGUUCGGAUGUAGCCCAGGGAAGCAGGGGGCAGUGUCAAGCAGCAGCAGCCUUCUGGAUAAGCUCCAGCACGCCGCCGGGGUGGUGGCGAGCGCCGUCCUCCCUCCGCACGAGCAACAGGGCAUCCGUCUCCAUGACAACCACUACCGCGCGGUGGCGGCGCCCCCAACGCCCAUAGAGGUGGCGGUGGCGGCGUGUGCAUACGACCUACCUCCGCGCGGAAACACAGGUACCAAGAGGUGCCCCGGCCAGGUGGGCGGCGGCUGGGAGGAAAUGGACAGCAGCAACGGCUCCUCGCACAACUCCUCUCAGGGCCUCGCAGCCAACGGCCAGGCCUCGUUUGGCAGGAGCAGCAAGUCAGGGGGGACCGGCAGCCAAUCGGCUGGCAGUAGAGAGAGCAGUGGGGACCUCUCGGAGAGGUGGGCUGCUGGGGUGGAGGCCAUGCAGCUAGGGGACUGUGGCCAGGAGAUGGCGCUGAUCAGCAGGCUGACCGAAGGCUCCAAGGUCUUCCUGACCAGAGAGGAGAGCCAGUACUUUAUCAAAGAGUGCGCAACACUAAACUGCGAGGUCGUGGUGGAGCUCCUCUCAAGGCAACUCCAGGAAAACUCCCACACUGUCCAAAUGAGGGCGCUGUGUGCGGUGGCCUGCCUCCUCACCUGUGACCUCCUUUCUCUGGAGCAAAUCUUUGGAGCUACGCGCCACCGGCUCGGCAAGCUGAGCGAGGGUCCUCAGGGAUCGUUGACUAACAAAGCCACCAAGAUACUGCGCCAGCUCGAAGCCAUGCUGGGCGGGACCGGGCGUGUCCUCAGACCGGAAGUGGUAGCCAGCGACCACUUGGCCUCAGAUGACCAGCCCUUUAACGCGACGUACCCAGUGGCUCCUCCACCCCUUCCGCCCAGCCUCUCCGCCGGGCUCUCCAGCCUCCGCAGCUACCAAGAGACCCCGCUGAUGUCCCCAAAGCCCUCCAUGGACGUCACCGACCGCCCGUCCCCUUCCGGUCGAGAAGAGGACCAGAACGGUUCCUCGGUCCACGACCACGGAGAGGCUCCCCCGAGUGCCUCGGAGGAGUCGGGUGACAGCCAGGCAGAGGCUGCCAGGACUAGCAAGGCAAAGGGGAACUCGGUUGGGGAAAGCAGCCAACGUCCUGGCGGCUGGGAGUCUCCAUCCGAUUCGGAGCCAUCGUGCGUGGGAAGGCCCUCGCUGUUCAGAGGCAUGGAGCUGGUGGUGAGGGGGGGCGCCUCCACCUCCUCACCCCAAACAGACCUGACGGAUGCAUCCAGUCUCAGCCAUGUUGGAGGAAACCCAACCGCAGAUCACCCUUUACUAAACUCUGGAGGUUCCUGUUUUGGUAAAAACAGCAGCGUUGCGUCCCCAAGCAGCCAGACAGUAUCAGCCUUUUCCUUCCUUAACUGUUGACGAAGGUCACAGUCUGGAUGGUUAAGUUAUGUCAAUCAAGUCCUUAUUCAGUAUGAACAGGUAUGAUACAGGUAUGAGCAGAUAAAGGUCUGACACUACGCUAGAUGUUUUUGCAUUUCCAAUGCAAGUAUCUGAUGUUAAAAGCCUAUCUAUAUUAUUUUUUCUGCUCAUGAAUUCAUGAUCCAUAGAGUAAAGCUAUAAGAAUUGGGUCAACCUCCCCUUGAAUUAACGUUCUAACUCUACAAUGCUUAUUUAAAGUAACAAAUCUGAUUUACUACUCUUUAUGAGCUAAUAGAAACACUAGAGAACUUAGGAACUGCAUAAUUACUUAAAUCUGGUAUGGGGGCAUCCCCUAGUAGUAUAUACUAGUUCAUGCGACUAGGUAUGAACCAGACUCGGCUCUGGAAGGAUACGAGUGUGUGCUGGAUAGGUCAUGCUGUGGCCUCUCUUGCUGUCCACAGUUGGUCCACUUAAGACCAUGCACUAUCACUUAACAUUGGCAAGUCGUCAUCCACAAAUCCGCAGAGUGGAGGACCCUCUGGCGCCAUGCAGUGCAGUGCAAGGCACUGUGGGCUUGAACUCUGUGCAGUGUUAUAUAAGUUCUACAGGUGACCGAGGUUAUGCCUCCGGUUUGUUGCAGGAAGCUAGAUCUCUUCAGUGCAGGGCAGUCACUCUUGAUUCACAUGUUUACAUAACAUUCAUUUUUAUCAAAAAUUCUACAGUAUGAAGUGUCUGUUAAAGUGUCUGAUAAAGUUUGUUUUGUUUUUUGUAGGUACGAAAGAGUAAUGAGUCAGUGAGGUUUUAUUUCUAUGCUAUUUAUACCAUCAUUUUGAAUCCUGUCCACAAAUGGAAUGCAUAGGGCAUAUCGGUGCUUGGUAACAAGUUGGAAAAAUAUAAGAUGAAAAAAAGUGUGAUAAAAAAAUAUAUUGAUCUGGAACCGGAUCGGCUUAGAUCAAAUAACACCAGCUUUGAGUAUCAAAGACAAGAAUGGAAAGCUAUAUAGGAUUCCUUGCCUAUUAAGACGCUGUUUGGAUUAAUUGGAUAUGAACUGCAGAAUGCAUCCCAAAUUCUGCUUGAAAUAACAAAUGGUACGAAUAGUGUGACUGCUAUUAAAAGACAAUAAAACAACCUUCAGUGUA